GACAAAAAACGAAAACAAAAAAGAUGAGAUACAAAAAAAAUGUAAAGAAAAAGUAGCGGAAUUUGGACAACAAAAUACAAGAAUAAUUUAACUGUGUGGAAGUAGCGAGUGAAGCAAAACUCCAAAAAUAAAAGAAAUCAAAUUGAAACGCAUUUAAGUGAGGCAUUAGAAAUAUAAUUUAAACACGAAAUUAAAUAAAAUUGUAGCUACAACAAGAAAUCAUCUACAUUAGCAGCAGCGACAGUAAUAACCACAAAAAACAGUACAACAGCAACAACAAUAACAACAUAAAAGAAGAGGCAGCGCCCCCAUUUAUGAAUUGAAAAAGUCCGCAAAAUAAUUUGUUGUUGGUUUUGUGAAUUGUUUUUGUAUUUAUUGUUGUUGUUCUGUAGCUGCUUCUUCCACUUCUCAGUGUUGUUGUUUUUAGUUUUAUCGUUUGUUUUUGUAGUGGCGUUUACUGUUCAUUCAAAGUCGCUCAUUUGAAUUCCUUGCUCUGCUUCUGUUUUGCGAAUUAUUUUUGUCAUUUUUUUUUUCAAUUUUUGGGAAAAAGCACAUUUUGUUUUUGGUCUUCAGGCGGACAAGUUGUGCUGGCUAGAGAAACUCCCCUUUAGAAGAAAUUCACUACCGAAUUGCUGCUUAAAAUGGAUUCCAAACAAAAAUUGAAACGUUUCUGCUUUUUGGGCUCCUUUGAACCGGUGUACAUCUAUUUGCGUGGUUCUCUUAAAGUGGAAACUUAUUUUCCUUUGGUGGCAGAGCUGGUAAAGGAUAUAAAUGAUAGCGAAUUUCUUCCUUUGAUGAGAGAGUUGUUGCAUGAGGUUUCUUUAGUACGCCGUGAUGAGACUCUUUUCGUUUAUGCUGCUUACUUUGCCUCCACCGUCGAUAUUCAAUGGAAAACAGCGAUGCGGCAUGCAUUUCCAGUAUUAAUUCGCACCGAUGAUGAUCUAUUUCUUUUCUGCAAAUAUGCCUCAUUAAUCGGCAAAGAUCUAAACCAUAAAGGUUUUUCACGCACCGUGCGCAAAGCUGUUACAGCCUGGUAUGAAAUGCAGACACCAGAAGCUAUACGAACAAUGUGGUUAGCACAUCGUGGUUUACAUGGUUUCACCCAUAAGGCUUUAAUCAAAUUGUGUCAUAUACCCGACCGAACUGUGGGCUCAGCAGAAGUGGUUACACCAUUCUUUAAGACAUGUACGGAGUUAAUCAAAGAUGCUGAGGCUUCAGCUGUAACUGCAGCAACUGUUGCAGUACAACCAGCAACUAGCAGUAAUGGUAUGCAAGCCACCGACUCAAAUGCUAAUGAGACCGAAAUGGUUACGGUUAAGACUGAGGUGCCAGAGCAGAAACCUUUAGUAAAAGCCAAUUCUACAGAGUCGGCCACUCCCACCUCCGUGGUUGUAGCCAUUUCAAAAUUACGCACCACCAAGAAAAAACAUGAAGCCAUUAAAAUUAUACGGAAAUUUAAACUGCCCUAUACACAAGUUCCUGGUCAUCUAUUGCGUCAUCCAGUUAUAAUGGAAGCGGUUUUGCCCUCCAUGUCGUAUUUGCAAAUUUUAAAAUGUUGGCGUAAAAUGGCCCGUUUUAAUCAUUUCGAUAAUCCUAAAAUUUUGAAAAUCUGUCAAAAAAUGUUGGAAAAUAAAGAAUUUGCCAAGAAGUCCCGUGUUCAUCCGGUGCAUUUGCUAAUGAGCCUGCGAGAUAUUGGUGUCAGUGAUUUGUCUAAAAUACCCACCAAGAGAGUAGAGGCAUUAAAAUUGGAAUAUUUGGAUAAACUCUAUAAAGAUUCAUUCCAUUGGAAUACCGAUGGCGGUAAUUUACGAAUGCAUAUAACUGUGAAUUUGCAAAGCAAUUAUAAGAAAAAAAUGCUUAAAAAUCACAAGCGUUUAAGUUAUUACGAUGCCUGUCUUGCUUUAUCCUUUGGCUAUUCGAAACGUGAAUCAAAGGUAGAUGUUUUCCACUGGUAUGAGGAUAAAAUGAAAUUGAAGAAGAUUUUAUUUGAGAAAACCUAUUCCACACAAUUGGGUUUUACUUCCUAUGACGUGGUUGAGAAUCAAAAGAAUAAUCAACGCUUAGUCACCCCUAUUUUGAAUGCUUUGUCUAGCGAACAAGUUUAUGAUGUUUUCUUGUGUAUUGUUCCAACGGCUGGCCGUGGUAAUCCUAAACAAAAUUCUGAUUUUCUAUGCAAGUUUUUGGACAAGUAUCGUGAAACUAAAAAUCCUAAUGCUAAAUUCAUAAUACUAAAUUUAUUAAAAUAUAAACGUUCCAUGACUUAUUCCGAAACACGUUCGGAAAAUAUUUUGGAAAUUUGUGGAUUAGAUGAACAUACUACCGAUAUUAUAUACAAUUUUGCCACCAAUCGUUUUGACUAAACAAAAUGGAAGGAAGAGGAGGUAGGAGACAGCCAUAAAAAGGAGUUUAAAAAAAGGUAUUAAAA